CAGAAAUAGCUAUUACACCAAGCCUUUGCUACUUGGACAAAAUAUUUUAGCAGUAAAGGUGUAAAAAGAAUAUGAAAACAUAUUUUAAUUACAACCAAACAUGCGUUUGAUCUAUUUGUAUUGAACUGUUUUCACAUUUGCCAAAGAACAAGAGGGUUCAAGAUGUUUACUAGACAUUCAAUUUAAUAAUCUCAUAGAUGAUUUUCCAAAUAUGAUUUUCUAUUUAGUGUUCAUGUCUGUUGUGGCUACAACCUUUAGUCAUAUUGGUUCUUUACCAGGAUGUUACAAUGAGACUUCACAGUUACAAACUAAGAGGAUUCCAAAUAUAAGAUACUCACAACAAUGUAUAGAUAUGUGUACAAAAAUGUACUACAGAUAUGUAUAUCUACAAAAAGACUGUGUCUGUAGCAAUGAUCAAGGUGAACAAAUUAGUCAAACUUCCUGUGAACAUUGUGAUCAGUGUGAGCCUGGACCAGAAAAACAUGCUUUGUAUGAUACCGGAGUUUUAGUUCCAGGGCCACCACAAAAUGUAGUUAUCUCAAAUAUCACCUCAAACAGUUUAAGCAUUACUUGGAAUACACCAGAAUCUUAUACAAAUAUUGUUUCUUAUCAAAUAGAGGCUCAAAUAAUCAAAACUUUUUCUACAUUUUACCCUGACAGUCCAAAAUGGAUAUAUUCUAAUAAUACAUUUAAAGCAACUAUAAUAACUUUACAUCCAAGUACUACAUAUAAUAUUUCAAUAUCAACUCUAUCUCAAUAUGGAAAAGGGGGUACAGUUUCUCAAAUUAUUGAAACUCCACUUGCAGAACCUGACAUUCCACCUACAACACCAAGUAUUAUUAAAAGGGAUGGGAAACAAAUGACAAUUAAAAUUAUUCCAUCCACAAACAAUAAUGGACCUAUAACUGCAUACAGAAUUAUUAUAAUUGAUGAUGAUGCCAAGGAAGGAUUUGACAAAUCUACUGUUAUGUCAUAUGCAGAUGCUCAAAAAAAUGGAUUAAGCUAUUAUAUUACUGCUGAAAUACCUCCAAAAGAUGUUGAACAAAACUUUAUAAUUGGAGAUGGAAAUUCUUAUGGAGGAUAUUUUAAUGCACCUUUAAAUCCAGAUAUCAAUUACAAAGUUAUAAUUUGUAUAGUAAGCACUUUAAAUAAUCUAACAAAGGUCCGGUAUAGCACUGAAACAGGAAUUCAAUUGUUAAAUGUCGUCAUUGACAAAGAUGACGGUGAUAAUUCUUCUGUCAUUAUUGGAUUAUCAGUGGCAAUUGCUUUGGCUACUUGUGCUCUUAUUGGAGGUAUUGUCGGAUUUUUGAUUUUAAUGGCUAAAAUUGCUAAUCGACAACUCAGAGCAUCUGAUAAUCAAGAAUUGACACUACGUGGACCAAUGAUUGAAGUGGAAAAUAAUGGGUAUAUUUAUGAAGAAGAAUAUCAACCCAAAAAUUAUUAUACAAAUUUGAAGCAAAAAAUAACAACAUUUUCUCCAAAACAAAUUAAAAUAGAACCUACAAACUUGCUGGGUACCGGAAAGUUUGGAAGAGUGAAUAGUGGCACAGUAAAUCAAAAUGACACACUCAUUCCAAUUGCAGCUUAUAGUAUACAAGAUAAAAAAAUGAACCAAGAAACGCGUAAAUCUAUGUUGCAAGAACUGGACUUAUUGAUAAAAACAGGAAAUCAUCCAAACGUGAUUCAAUUGAUUGGAACUUGUGAGACUAGCCAAAUGGUGAUUGUAGCUUUAGAAUAUCUGUCAAUGAAUUUGAAAGACUUACUGUUAAGCAGCAGAGAUUCAUUACCAGGUGGAUUCAGUAGUUUAUCUGAAGAACAAGCUUUGGAUAUUGCAGUGCAGAUUUCCAAGGGUAUGGCACAUCUAGAAACUUGCAAAAUCGUUCAUAAGCAGCUUUGUGCCAGGAGUGUACUUAUAACUAAUGGAUUUAUUCCAAAGAUUGGUUCCUACGGAUUAGCACAAUAUUACAGUCACAAUAAAAUACCUGAUUAUACUCGUUGGACAGCCGUUGAAGUUUUUAAAGGACAACCACAUAAUCCAAAAAGCGACGUUUGGUCCUUUGGCUGCGUUUUAUGGGAGAUUUGUGUAUUGGGUGGGACACCAUAUGGGAACAUCUCUAAUACAAAUGAAAUUCCAGAGAGGAUUAUGAAAGGUCUUAGGUUACCACAACUGUCUUACGUUAGUGACGAACUUUAUCAUACAAUGUUAGACUGCUGGCAAGUUGAUCCAGAUGAAAGACCAAAAUUCACCAAUUUAAUUGAAUCUAUUUCGGGUCUUAUGAAUAUGAGAUUUAUGAAGUGUCUUAAUUUUAAUCUAAACUCAAAUUUCCAGUAUGAACAAUUCUAUACAGAUAUGGAAUUAUCUCAUAGGCCAGUAUUUUAAGUUUAAUUGCAAAGCAUAAUUCAAUUUAGGUUUCCACAUGAAAGUGACCAUACCAAAUUGUCUUUUUGAAAAGGCGUACUAGUCAUUGUCCAAGGUUUGCCUCAGGGGUUUUAUGUUAAAUGUCAUUAUUUUGUGAAAAUUGUUUGUGCAGUUCAAGAUAAGUAAUUGUUAUUGGUAAUUGCUACUGCUAUUCAUAAAGCAUAUUAUUCUAUGCUAAUAUAUGAUAUACUUGAUUUUAUUACGUAUAUUACAAGGGCAAAGUUGGCCAAUAUAAAUUUUUUCACUAAAUCUUCAACCUAUUCUGAAAUGUAACAAAACAUUUGAACCAUGGAAUUUUUUGUUUGGGAGGUGGACAAGUGUGAAUUCUAGUUCUGUAUAAGUAUUUAUAAGUGUGAGUUUUUUUCAGGAAAUUAGUUAUAAGAAUUAAGGAUACUGAAUGGAUAUAUCACAGAUGCCAAAAUAACUUAUAAUAACUAAUUACAUUGUGACCACCAUUAAUAGAGGAAGAGUACCCGGUACUAAAACAUUACGAUUUAACUACAUUUACCUACCGGAAAAUUUAAUAUGAUGUUUUGGAUCCAGAAAUUUUAUAUUCUUCAUCCUACAUAUCAACUGAACAUUCCAAUACUAUAUUAAAAACUAAGUUUACUGUGGUCCAAAAGUUGAUGUUAAAAAUUUCGUUUCAAUUUUAAUUGUUUAUUUUAUAGUUUUACAAUUGAAAAUUUUUUAAUGGAUGGAUAAUGCACAACGUGACAAGGAAGAAUUCAUGUAUAUCAAAUUAUUUUUUGUAUAAGGAAAAUGUAAACGUAAUAUUUUAGCUAGAUAAAUCUGAACGAAGUGCUCGUGGCUUGUUAUAUGUAUAGGAACCACCUCCUGUGUAUUUAUCAGUUACCUGAAAUACCAUAGUGUCUCUUAUAGACAAAUAAAACAAAUGGUGAAAUUUGGUCCAUAAUGGCAGUUAAUUUUUAUUAUGUAAUGAAUUGUUUAAUUCUCAAAUGUGCAAGUUUGAGGAAACCCAAAUUGAAUCGUUCUUUUAAUUUAAUUACUAUUACAUUCCAUUAUAUACGAUUUUAUAUAUUUUUGUUCAAAUAAGUAUUUUAUGUACAUUAUUUUGACUCUGAAAGUAUUUUUAGUAUAUAUUUAAUGUGUAUUAUUUUAUAUUUUUUAUACAUUCUUUAACCAAUAAAUAAUUUUAGCAAGAA